AUGUCCGCAUCACCAAUUGCAAGGGCGACGCAUAGCCAGACGAUCCCGACUAGGCGUGUCCAUAUAACGGAUCCUUCGCAAAUGCCAGAUGUCUACUCCAGCACUCCUGGAGGCACCAUAUACUCUACAACACCUGGAGGUACCAGGAUUGUAUAUGAGAGAUCGUUUAUGAUGUCACUGAGUCAGUCACCGAUCUCAAAAACACCACCGAAAUGUGCACUGCCAGUCUCGAUGCUGAAGAAUCCUUCGGGACCUAUUGCCCACCUACAGACGUCUUCUCAUAAGCCUCGCUCGAAUUCCAUCUCCUUUGACGAAUCACAGGAGACAUUCUCUAUGGAUCUCUAA